AUGGAUGACUUCAAUUUCCGUCCUGGAUCCCUCCGCAAACUCAGACCACGCCAAUCGGGCCAGACAACCAAUGAAUCGAAUUCACAUCGGGAUGCCCAACCCAGCGGGGAUUUGUUUCACGGAUUUGAUUCUGAUGACGAUUCUUCGCCGAGUUUGACCCAGGUUUUAAUCUGCCGCACGGUGACGAUGCGCAUUCAGGAUGGCCCAAUCCUGGAACUCCAUUUCAUUCGAAAGGAGAAUAAGUGGCUCAAGUGCCCGAUGUCGCCGCGAAGACCACGCUAG